AUGGAGCCUGCUAUCCGCUCUCGAUUUAGCGACCUCCCUCUCGAGAUUGCUCUCAACAUUCUCAAUUACGCAGUCGAACCGACGUUUUCCCAAGAAGAGAAAUAUGACGAUCAAAAUCCCUAUGCAACUGCCCUCUCCCUGUGUCUCGUCUCUCGACUUGUGAGACGCAUCACCCCGCCCAAAUUGCUGCACACCAUCUCGCUCCGCCGAAGUGACAGCGUGAGGAUGUUCGCAAAUGCUCUGCUUAUGCAGAAAGCGUACGCAGAGGAAAAAAGUGAUCUUUUCUUUGACUAUACCUCCGUCGUACAGAAAAUGUGGAUCGGAGCGUCUGCAGAAUCUGAAAUAUUCGUCUAUGAUCUCGCUCCAGAAAUCAGCGUGCUAGUUCCGGUGUUACUGGCUGCACCGGCACUUGCGAUUGACUGUUACUAUUUAAAGCUUGUUGUUCAGAGCGUAGAAGAUGCAUCGAGCUCCCGCGCAGAUCCCAAUGUUGACCACGGACCCUCUCCUUUUCCAGGGAAAACCCAAAGUCUAACGAUAAUGGGUCAUACCACCUCCCAUAUGAUCUUCCAGAACAUUCGAAAGGGAUCCAUUUUCCUUGCAUCAAUCCCCCAUCUCAUCUACCUGAUCGAUCUGCCCAUGGACUCGGACAUUUUUCGUGACAUCAGCAGGGGCUUAAAGCUCACAUCAUUCCUGCUGCGUCCGUGGCUGUGCGACAUUCCGUGGACUUGUAUGAAGAGCCUGGAAACUUUUUCAGUUGUCUACCCGCAUCUGGCUGAGCCCUACAAGAUACGUUCAUAUAUCGAUCACACAAGAGGAGUAGACUUGCACGUGGAGCGGCUCACGGUAUCUGCCCCCCUGUACAAGCAGGACCCUGAGUCCUUCCCGUGGAUGGAACCGCCGUUUCCUGUGACCCAUCCUGGACAGAAGAGGAUUCAUUCGGAUGGUAUUUCCGUCGAGGUCACGAACUGUCGCGAACACUUUUGGCGGUUUCAUUAUACGUGGGAUAAAUUGUGGGCCUGCGGAAUAACUGACGGAGCUGGGGGGCAGCGGGUGUUAUGA